AUGGUAGAUCGUCCACAAGAUUUCACGGGUGCUGGUCCGGUAGCAGACGGUCUUACCGCCGCGGAACUGAAGAAACUGAAAAAGCAACAACAAAAGCAACCAAAGGAUAAGGAGGAGGGGGAGCGACAGAAGAACCAGAAGCCGUUGCUCAUGCUCAAAUGUUUGAAGAAGGCUGCUGAUUUGGACGGAAACGAUCCAUAUCUUCACGUAUGCCGCAUCAAAUUUUUGAAAUACGAGGAAACGGCGACCUUCAGUGGGGUCGUCGGUGAUCUGGUAAAGGAAACUUCGUCUCAGCUUUUUCCAAUUAACGAUCCAGCGGUACUCAAUGAGAAUUUCAAGAACGACAACGUGAACAGCUUGCGUCACCGUUUAGCA